CAAAAGCGUCUGUCGCUCCCCCCUCCGGGGCCUCUGCGGCCACCCUGAAUGAUCCGGCCCAGAAACUUCCGCGCGCCUCGCUGUCAGGCCGGCCUUCCUUAGUGUCAAUCGCCGCCGCCGCCGCCGCCAUGGCGUUCACGUUCGCUGCUUUCUGUUACAUGUUGGCGCUGCUCCUCACCGCUGCGCUUAUCUUCUUCGCUAUAUGGCAUAUUAUAGCUUUUGAUGAGCUGAAGACUGACUACAAGAAUCCUAUAGACCAGUGUAAUACACUAAAUCCUCUUGUACUUCCAGAGUAUCUCAUCCAUGCAUUCUUCUGUGUCAUGUUUUUGUGUGCAACAGAAUGGCUUACACUGAGUCUUAAUAUGCCAUUAUUGGCUUACCACAUUUGGAGGUAUAUGAGUAGGCCUGUAAUGAGUGGACCAGGACUCUAUGAUCCCACAACCAUUAUGAAUGCGGAUAUUUUAGCAUAUUGUCAGAAGGAAGGGUGGUGCAAACUAGCAUUUUAUCUUCUAUCCUUUUUUUACUACCUAUAUGGCAUGAUUUAUGUUUUGGUGAGCUCCUAAAGAAUGAUGUACAGCAGACUUGAUUCCAGCAAAGUGCAUGCAGAAAAGCCAUAAAGCAAAGGAUUAUCUUUGAAGAAGAAACUGGUAUAAAGAUUUAGCUAUGGAAUCUCAUGAUCAUAGUAAUAGUAGAAGGAAAAGGCUCUUCUCUUCUACUGUUUUCUCCCGUCCAAAAGCAACUAGUCUUUAAUACUCAUGGACAGACUUUUUCAAUUGGGAUAUUUAAAGUGGCAAGAAUUACAUAAAAAUUAAUGUAACACAACUGCCUCUGGCUUUUGGACAGUUUUAUUCCUGCCUUCCAUAAGGAUCAGUUGUAUCUUCAGUAAAAAAUGUGAAAAUUACUGUCCUUAGUAUGAGGAUUUCCCCCGUUUUGUUUACUGGACUUUAUAGUGGCUUAUUUGGAUAAUGGACUUCAUUCCCCGUCAAUUGUAGUCAACAUUUCUAAAACACUGAAUGCUUUUCUGUAUGUUAUCUCUUAGGUAACCUCUGUGUGUCACGUAGAUGAAUACAUAAGUACAACUGCAGGAAGAGUUGUAGUUCUAUUUUUACUAUUAGGAUAUUCUCCAGUAAUAUGCAUGGAUCAACAUUUUCCUAUUAACAUGAAACACUGAGCUUUAAUUUCCCAGGCUAAAUGGAUGUUAGGAAAAGUAGAGCUCAUUAUUACCAUGAAACAUUGAGCUGACUAUUCCUUGCUUUAGUUUUCCAGACUAGAUGGAUAUUAAGAAAAGUAUUUUCAUUUUUUUUCAUAUUUAAAAAAAACCUGCAAUUGUCUCAAACUGCCAUACAUCUGAAACCCAUUUAAUAAAAAAUCAUUUUGAGAAUGCAAGGCAUAUAUUUUGAGUUAUACAUGCCAUAGAGUUUGGCAAAUUUAUUUCCUAUGUCACACAAUAAAAAUCUCCAAGAGAUUUAAAUAUUAACAUUUCAGACAUAAGCGGUUAGCUGUUGAGCAAGCAUGGAUAAAUUCUCCUGUGAAUUAUUUAAUACCUGCUGAUUUCUGCGAGUUUUACAUUGGUAAACUUUGCUAUGGUUCUAAAAGAAAAUGCUAUGUGUAAGCAAGAACAUGGUCUUUGGAACAAAUUAUUUAAGUUUUCAUUCUGAAAGAUUUCUAGAUCAUGUACUUUCCAAUUUAAAGCACUUUGGAAAAUGGAUAAUCAUGGGAGAAAAAAAUAUUAUUAAACUAGACUGAAUUUUAUUCACCCUGUUGAAAGCAUUUUAAUCUAUUCAUGAUGGAAUGUCCCUUUGCAGUUUGAAAAUAAGGGAGCUACAAGAUUACAAGACCUCUUGUAGGUACAAACGAGUGAGUUUUUCAUUUAGGUUCAUAAAAAUGGGUGAAAAAGUAGUAAAUAUGGAGGACUUUAAUUAGAAACAGUCCAUGAAAAUUUCUGAACAUUUUAAAAAGCUGUGAAGCUGACUUCUUUAAAAUGAGUUGAGUUUGCCAAAAUGAUAGGGAACACACGUGUCGAGAUUCUGUUGAGAGCUGUGCACAUUUCUUGUCACCAUCUUCAACAUCAGAGUAUUUAGGCUAGUGCUUGAUGUAAAAAAUUAUGUUCAUACAAUGCAGCAGUUUCUAGAUAUGCAAGUUGCUGUGGAAAACCUCUGUAAUUAUCCACAUCACUCCUUUAAAUAUGCGAGAUAUCCUUAGUGAUAUUUUCACAUGGAAAAGUAUCUGUUUUUGAUAUUUUCUCUUUUAUAGUAGCACUGAAUUUUUACAUGAACUUGAAUGCUAGCUGCACCAUUGUGUUGCCUAUUUGGGAGACUUGUAGCAUUUUAAGAAUAAAAAUAAUGGAUUGUCAUGCAUAUUAUGACCUUUGAUAUUGGAACUUAUAUUACAGAAUGCAUAAUGAGUCACAUGCUGGAUAAGGCCUCUUGCUUAUUUCAUCUCUUCACCAAAAAAAUCUGCUGAAUAUUUUUUUAAGCAGUGGAUGUGUUUGUUCCUAUACAUUGAUUUGUCAGUUUAUUAAAUACGAAAUUGUAAAAAUGGCAGAUCCCCUUUGCAGAUGGGGAAAAAUGGUAAUACUUUCCAGAGCUUACUCUACAAAAAAAGCACAUUUGUAAUAGAGCAAUUCUAUUACUAUUCCAUUUUGUCUGCCCCUUUUAAAGUAUACUUUCUUGCUAGAUGAGUUUGUCUUUCACUUUUUUAUUAUAUGUGAAACCGGCCAUUUAUUAGUAAUACGAUUAGCGGUGAGCAGGAACAUCUUGAGGAAAGGAGUCCUGUUCUGGAAAGCAUAAAAAAUUCUUCCCUGCCUGGCAGCCAUCAUUUACCUCGUAAGUGUAAAUUACAUUUGUAUUCUAAGAACCCAUAGCCACAGAAUGAGAGUAAUUGUGAGUCCUGCAUAUGCACUUGCUUACCCAAACAGUUCUUUUUAUAUUUGAAAUGAGAAAUGGACAGAAGAAUAGCAAACAGAUCAAACUACCAAAUUCAAUUAUGUCUUUGUAGCAAUGUACACCAGAGUACAUCAGCCAAACCAAAGCAAAGAUAAAAACGAUUGUUGAAAAAAUAA